GCACUGGGCACUGGCACGUGCAGCACUCGGAAGUUUGGUUGUUCCAGCGCUGGGGACUCCGGGCUGCUGUGCUGAGUCAGCGCUUUGUGCCAGCAGGAACAAGGCAAGGCAGGGAGGGGCCCAAGGGGUGGCUGUGCCGUGUGUCCACCGGCAGUGAGGACAGAGGGGCUGUGGAGCCAGCGAGGCUCCUGCCUUAUUGUGCUGAGAGGGCGUGGGGGCCCUGGGGGAGCAGCAGCCUGUGGUCUGGGCUGGGGACCAGAGGGAUGUAGGACAUGGGACAUGGCGUGGUGUGGUGAGGCUGAACUACUGUGCACCAGGGCUGACAUUUCUGUCUCUCCCACCCUCUCCCUGUCAUUGUGUCCUGAAAUUAGCCCUCGGCCUCCCCUGCACCCUGGGACAUCCCAGCGGGGCUCCCAGUGUGCCCUGUGCUCCAUGUGCCCAGGCAGUGUGAUGGGCUGGGGCAGCUGCAGGCGACCCAGUGGGCAGAGGCAGAGCCAGCUGGGCAUGGGGCUGGGCGCUGGGGGUACAUCCGGGUGGGGCUGCGAAGGGGUUUGCUUGGCAGGUGUGUGGAGGAGGAGCCCUGCAAAGCUGUGCAGGAAGGAUGGCAGGGAUGGGGAUAUGGCUGGGUGCAAACCUGCUGUGCCCCCAGGUCCUGACCCUGUGCUGCCUGGGAAGCAAUGCUGGUGUCGGGGAUAUUCCACAGUCUCACUGAAGGUUUUUGCUCCUGCUGAUUCUCAAAUGCCUGAAGUGGCUCAGUUUCCCCGAGCCACAGUCUCACCCCUGCCCACGGAGCUGGCCCCCCACAUCUGCAGCCCAGCCAGCACCACCGGUGCCCAUCUGGCCAUGCUCCACAUGUGACAGGUCCCUGCGCCCAUCUGGCCACGCCCCACACACGACGGGUCCCCUCUGCCAAUCUGGCCAAGCCCAGUGCAGGAUGCCCCAUGCCCACUCCAGCCACGUCGCAUGCUGGAUAGGUGCCCCACGCCCUUUCCAGCCCAUGCAGAGCCGGUGCCUGUGUGUGGCGGGUGUCCCACGUGCAGUAGGUGCCCUGUGUCUGUCUGUCCCUCACGGGAGCCCCGUGCCCCCCACCCUGUCCUGUGCCUGCCCUCCCACUGCCGCCCCACGCACGAGGCACCAGCCCCGGCGAGGCAGAGCUAUUUUUAACAGCUGCUUCUGCUUGAUUUGAGCUGUGAACUCGGAACGUGUUUAUGCUAAAGGGGUUUCUUUUCCCUUCUCCCUUUGUGCUGAGGAGGCAGCGCCGCAGAUCAAAGUCUGUCUCUUCGCGUUUGGUGAUGGCGGGCUGGGAGGGAGCUGAGGCGGGAGAGGCUGGCGGCUCUGCAGGGACACUCGUGUCCUCGGGGGCUGUGGUGGUGUGGCCAGGGCUGACGCACCUCUCUCUGUCCCCGCAGGUCCAGAGCCCAGGAGCCACGGGCAGGCACGGCCGGCACCGGGCCCAAUGCGGGCGGCCCUGAGCCCGGGCAGCCGCCGCGGGACGAUGGGCUGCGGGCGCCGGCGGGGAGCUGCGGUGCCGGGCAGGGCUGUCGGGGCGGCGUGCCGGGGGCUGUAGGGCCGGGCAGUGGGCAGCAUGCCCCGCGGCCCCUCGCCCGCCUCCCGCCCAGCAUCCCCUCUCUGUGGCAGCGCGGGAUGAGGCUGCCCGCUGCUCCGACAGCUCUGGGGACGGGUGUAGCCCAGGGCUCCGACCGUCGGCGCUCGGCCCCCCGCGCCCCCCCGCAGCCCCCCGGCCCCGAGCCAUGGUCAGCCGUGAGCCCGUGCCUGGCCCGGCCCCCGCCGGCGAGGGCAGCCAGGAGAAAGCCAUGACGGUGCGCUCGGUGCUGCUCAACCGCGACUCGCCCGACAUCGAGAGCCGCCUCAAGCGCCGGCGCAACCGCACGCAGCAGGUCCGCUUCAAGGACCUGGUGGAGGGCGGCUCAGGGCAGGCGGGCAGCCCCCCGCCCGGGCCCGCGGCCACCCCCGGCCCCAACACCCCACGUGCCUCGCCGCCCCCCAGGGAUGCCCCUGAGCCGGCGGCUCUCCGUGCCUCGCGGCGCAGCUGGCCCCAGGCACAGCCGGGCUCGCUGACGCUGCCCAUGCCCAGGAAGGCGUGCAUGAGCACGGCCAUCCAGACCUCCCCCAGCCUCCAGAAGCCCUUCCCAGCUCCCCAGCCCCGCAGCAGGAGUGUCUGCGAUGUGGCAGGGGAUGCGGUACUGCCCACUGUGGCGAGUGCCCGGUGCCCUGGGGUGGCCGUGCCCACCACGACCAGCUGGGCUGUGCCCCCGCGGGCCCCUGGCAACCUCCCCACACAUGACCGCACCGUGGCUCUCGCCCAGCACGCCACGGUGUGCCCCCUACCACUGCCACCGCCCAGGGACCCCCCUCCCCCUUACCGCGGCACAGCCGGGUGCCCUGCUGCCCGCUGCGCCCCUGAGCCCUGCCCGCCGCCCCCCGCCUGUGCCCAGCUCCGCGGGAGCCCACGAGGUGGCCACGGGGUCACCCCACGCCCGGCCUCCGUACCCUGUGGCCAGCCCCGACCUCCCGCUGAGCACCGGGGGCUUGGCCGGAGCGACUCAGAGCGGACCCUGCCCUGCGGCCGCCCACCAUCCCAGCCCUCCCCGCACCGCCGGCAGCCCGGCCCCGCCACGGACACCCAUGGCCUCCGCCAGCCACCUCAGGGCAACCCCCCCCGGGACCCCCCUCCACCCCACCACCAGCUCUGCGGGUCGCCAUGGGGGGGGCCCUGCUGCGCCUCGCCAGCCCCCAUCCCACCAGUGCCGGGCUGGCACAGCUCUGCUGCUGCUGCUGCUGCACCGGAGAAGACACCAGCUGUGCUCAGCACCUGCAGCCGGCUCCACGCUGCUGAGCCCGGGCAUGGCCGGGCAGGACCCGAGGGACACAGGGAGCUGCUGCCCCCAGUCCCACAGGGCCCCAGCAUGGGGACACAAACAGCAGGGUGGGCACCAGAGCCCCCCCAGCAUGGGCAGCCCUGCCUCGCUGCUGAGCAACCGGAGACACUGCACCAUGUCCAGGACCUACUGCAGCUGGUGGUGGUGGCCAAGGGACCAGUGGGACCACCAGCGAGGGACGAGGACGCCCAGACAACUCAGGGAGAGGGCCCCUGGCGGCCCGGGGAGCAGGGAGACCUGCAUUCCCAGCUGCAGUCCCUGGAAGGGGUGCUGGAGACCAGCCAACAAACCAUCCGGGUGCUGCUGGACGUCAUCCAGGACCUGGAGAAGAAGGAGGCGCAGCGGGACGGGCGACACUCGUACCGGACCGGGCAGGACAUCGCCAACUGCGGGACCUGCCGCGACUGUGCCUGUAUCAUCUACAGCGUGGAGCACGAUUUCCGGCAGCAGGAGGGCCGCUUCCAGCGGGUGCUGAGCCACAUCGAGGGCCACGCCGGGCCGAGCCCCCCCCCGACGGCCGUGGGGGCGGCGGGCACCACCUCACCGCCCCGGCAGGAGCUGGCACCGGCGCCAAAGCUGCCGGUGAAGUUGGACGUGAAGAAAUCGCGGCGCAAAUGCUUCUGGUUCCUGUGACCGCGGUGCCCGGCGAGCCUGGAGCGCGGGGGCACCGUCCCAGCACUGACCCCCUGCCCACCUCUCCUCCCUCCCUCCUACGGUAGGGUUUGGGUAGCACCAGCUUUUCUAUUUUUAACCAUUCCGUUCAAGGCGGGAGCCCGGGUGUGGAGGGGAGCUGUGGCUGUAUUUAAGGAGAAUUCAAUAAAUUCCACAGAGACGCUAUUUUUGUUA